UUGUUGCUGCUGCUGUUGCUGCUUUUGCCGCCGCCGCCGCCGCCAUUCCCAGCCGGCAGGCGCCUGUCACCCCCCCUUCCCUGGUCUCCGGAUUUACCUUCCUCCAUCUCCUCUGAGCUGGUCGUUUCCCUGUUCUGUGCUUUUCUCUUGUGGCCCCUCGCGCGCGGGCACCCCCUCCGCCUUGGGUUCCCCCCCUCCUCGACCCGUUCCUCCGUGUCCCCUUCCCGUCGGGCGGCCGACUCGUCCCCUGUCGCAGGCCACGGGAAUGUCCCUGAUGCUCGAACACUCGCCGAGCACCCUCAUGUCGGCGACCGGCGCCGGAGCGCCUACGGCGCCGGUCGAUCUUCCGACCGCCGGGGCCGUGGCAUCGUCCCUGUCGGACGUGGUGCCGCUGCUGACGUCGGCCGAGCCGGCGGCCACGGCCGGGCCCGGGCCCGAGGGCGCGGCCCCCCUGCACGCGGAGCUCGAGCACCGGUCGCAGUUCCUUCGUCUGCAUGUGGAUCUGGCCACCGGGGUGCUGUCCGGAUCGACGAUCAUCGAGCUGCGCGUCCUGGCCCCGGCGGCCGACCCGGUCCCGGGGGUGAGUGCCCCCUCGGCGACGACGGCCACGGCGGCCCCGGGGUCCGGCCCGGGCACAGCCCCGGACGUCGGUGCGCCUGCCGGCCCCGAGACGCCGGCCGGCCCUGGGGUGUCGUCCCCCGCGGCGGGCCCGGGGUCGGGGCCGGCCGCUGUGCUGCCGGCAGCUCCCGCCCUGGCGGCCGAUGGGCUGCCCAUCUUCUCGUCGGUGCAGCCAUCGCUGAACUUGCAUUGCGGGGCCGGCUUGCAAAUCGACGGGGUCACCUGCCUGGUGACCAGCCCGGGAGCGCGGCCGACCCUUUGGUGUGAUCUCCCCCGGCGGCCGGUGGCGCCGAAGCUGCCGACAUCGGUGUCCGGCGGGCCGGUGGCGGCUCCGACCGGGGCCGGCGGGCCGGCCGGCGCGCCCCCAUCGCCGCCGGCGUCGGAUGGCCCGGACGUCGUGGCCUCGCCGGCCGCGAGCACGGAGGCCCCGACGGCCGGCGGCCCCGGCGAUCGGCCCUCCACGGGCACCGACUCGGACAUGGCGGUCGACGUGCCGCCCGGGGCGCCGGCCACCCCGGCCUCGGACGAGCUGGACCCCGGCCCGGAGGCCUCGCCGGCUGACUGGCACUGGGACACGGACGACAUCGUGGACCUGGCCAAGGCCACCGAGGCCGGGCACCCGGAUGAGGUUCUCUUCGGCCAGUGCCGCAUGCUCCGUUGGCCGACCGGAUUCCUCCUGCGAGCGCCUGCCUCGGCUCCGACGCCGGAGGACGUGGUCCGGUCGCUGACCGGGCAGAAUGCCCUGUCGGUCUUGUCGCCGGAGUUUUACGGGCAGGAUUUCGACCUGGAGGUCCCCUUUCCCCGGCAGGCGGCCGAGUUCCUGCUGCGUGGUGAGCUGCCGGCGGCCGGGCCCUCUGGCAGUGCCCCGGGCCCGGGCACCCCCCGGCGGGCCUUCCGGUCGCUCUACAUCAAGAUCGACUUCCGGGUGCUGGCCAGCGGCAGCAUGCCGGAAGCCAGCGCCUCCGGCAGUCUGAUGGCCGCGCGCUGCCCGCAAGGGGGCCACAUCACACACAUCUACACCAGUAGCGUGCUUGGCUCCUCGCGCCAGUGGUUCCCCUGCGUGGAUGACAUUGCCCAGAAGUGCACUUGGCGGUUGUCGGUGCGCGCGUCGCCCGGGCCGCUGGCCACCGGGCCGACGAACAUCGUGCUGGCCGGCGACGCCGUAGCCUCCGGCACCCUGGAGGAAGAGGUCCUGCCGGUGCUCGGUGCCGGGGCCGAUGGCGAUGUGCCGGGGCCGGCCGAUUCGGCCGCCGCCAUGGCCAUUGAUGGGGCCCCGGAGGAGGGGCCCGGCCCGGGGGCGAGCCCCGCGCCGGCCGGGUCGCACACGGAGCUGGUGCACUUUGCCCGGGCGGAGAUCCCCACCCCGCGGCCGGCAUCGGCGGUGGGCUUCGUGGCAGGGGCCCUGCUGCCGGUGGAGCUGCCGCUGGGCUUUUCGCCAUGCUUCCGGCAUGGGCGGCGGCUGCCUUUGUCGCGAGACCCGCCGGGCAGCCUGGCCGGCGGGGCGUCACGCGCGCCGGACAUGGGCUUCCGCCUGUCGGCCUUCGUGCCGGCCGGGGUGUGCCCCCGGCGACUGUUGUCCACGCUGGCCGUGGCUCCCCGGGUGUCGGCCUUCUGCCGGGGGUACCUGGGCCGGGCGGCGACGCCGGGCUUCCGGCCGGACCUGACCGAGGCCACCGGGCUCGGGCUCUUCGGGCUGGCAGCCCCGGGGGCGGAUGUGAAGCAGCGCCGCCGCGAGCAGACAUCCUUCGCGGCGCAUCUUUCCUCGGCCGCGCGUUUGGCGCGCCAGGCCCGGGCAUCGGCCCUGGACCUGCCGGCCGGCCAGGCCAACGCCGGGGAUCUCCUGGUCGAGGGGGCCGGCGGGUCUGGCGGCCCGGGCAUCGGGUCGGCCGGGUCGGGCGGCGGCGGUGCCGGCGGCGGCGGCGGCGGGCCUGGAUCCGGCCCCGGUGGCCCCGGUGGCCCCGGCGGCCGGCGGAAGUCCCUGUCCAUCGGGUCCGGCCGGCGUGGCGCGGGCCUGAUGCCCGGGCGUGAUGGGCACCCCUCCCGGCGGCCGGGCGCCCACAGCUCCGGCGACUCGGCCACCGACUCGGAUCAUGGCCCGACCGACGAGCCGACCGAUGAUGAUGAUGUGGCGGAUCGCGGUCGGCCGGGCCGGGUCGGGGCCGGCCGGGGUGGCCGGUCGCGGUCGCGGUCCACCGGCCCCGGGGCCGGCAGCCGUGGCGGUGCCCGGUCGCGGUCGCGGUCGCGGUCGCGGUCGCGGUCGCGGGCCGGGGCAUCGGGGCUCCUGGUCGGCGGGCACCGGCGAUCGGAGACCGAGCUGCUGGCCCGACGGGGCCCGGCCUCGCCGCUGUCCCGGGGGUCCGGGCUGGCUGCCGGGUCGCGCGAUGUGUCGCCCGGGCCGCGGCGGGGCGGUCGGCGAGGCCCGGCCGGGCGAGGCCCCUCGCGCGGGCCCGGCCAGCGCUUGGCCCCCUCCCUCGGGUCGGAGGAGGAGGAGGACGAUGACCCGCGGAAUCCCUUUGCCUCGGAGGGGUUCGAGUCCGAGGAUUCGGACCGCAGUGAGCGGUAUUCGGAUUCCGGGGACGAGGGCGGCCGGCGCGGGCGGGCGGCCCACCGGCGGCGGCGGCAGCAGCAGCAGCAGCGGCAGCGGCGGCGGUCCGGGCGCUGGAGCGACUCCGGCCCGUCGGACUCCGAGGGGCUGGACGAGGAGUCCGACUGGGAGGAUGACCGCCAUGAUGAUGUGGAUGACUCGGGGUCGGAUUCGGCCGACGAGUUGGAGGACUCCUCGGAUGAGGAGGACUUCGAUGACGACGAGGCGGCCCUGGCCCAGGGGUUCCUCCCGGCCGAGUGUGACAUCCGGCUGGUGUUCAUCCCGGCCGGGGAUGCCCCUCGGCGGGGGGUCCUCGGGCAGGCGGCCGGGCUGGUGUGCCUGUCGAGCCGCAUGCUGCUGGAGGCGGUGGGGUAUGCCACGCGCGGGUGCGACGCGGUCCUGGGGCCGGUGGCCUCGGUGUCGUAUUCGGCCGGGCCCGGGGCCGGUGGGCUGCCCUCGCGGGCCGGUCUCCGGGCCUCCCCCUCGGCGGCCUUCUCCUCGUAUCGGACCGUGGUCAAUGCCCUGGUGGAGCAGUACCUGGGUCGGAUCUUGGUGCCGGUGUCCAGCCAGGAUGCCUGGUUCCUGCGCGGGCUGGUGGGCCAUGUGGCCGGGCUGGCGGAGCGGGUGCUCUUCGGGCAAACCGACUGGAAGGUCCGCCUGCAGGCGGACAUGGACCGGGUGUGCGAGCUGGACACCGACCAGCUGGCCUUGAGCUAUGAGCACAGUGUGCCGGUGCUGAAUCCGGCCCUGCGAGCGGAGUUCGUGGCCCUCAAGUCGCGCCUGGUGGUGCACAUGCUGGAGCGGGUGCUGCGCGAUCCGAAUGCCCUGCGCCAGCACCUGCGCCAGGUGGUCCUCGAAGCGGGGACCUUCUAUUCGGCGUGGCAAUUUGGCGUGGCGCGCUUGCGGCUGCGCUUCCAUGCGCGCCUCGAGGCGCAGGCGGCCGCCGGGGCCGGGGCCGGGGCCGGGGCCGGGGCCGUGUUGCCCGCGGCCGCCGGCACGGGCGCCGGCACGGGCGCCGGUCCUGUCGGGGGUGCUGCCUCUGCCAGUGGUGCCCCGGUGGCCGGGUCCACGGCCGGGCCGGGUGCCAGCUCGGCCGGGGUCGGCAGUCCGCCGCCACCCGGCGGCAGCGGCGGCGGCGGCGGCGGCGGCGGCGAGUCGGACUUGGCCGGGGGCCCGGGCAAGGCGGCGGGGCUGGCGGGCCCCGUGGCGGCCCCGCCGCAGACGCCGCUCGAGCGCCUGGCCCGGUCGGAGGCCGGGCCCGGGCUCUUUGCCCUGGGCUUCGACGACUUCAUCGGCCGGGCCACGCGCAGCCUGCAGACGGAUGCCAAUGCGGUGAAGCACUUCAUCGGGCAGUAUGUCCUGCGGCCGGGGGUGCCGGUGAUCCGGUGCACCUUCACCUUCAACAAGCGGACGUCCGAGCUGAAGGCCGUGGUCACGCAGUCGACCACCACGCGCAUGGUCAGCUCCUUGAAUCACUUCACCUUCGAGUUGCCGAUCCGGGUGUUCGAGGUGGAGGAGACCCACGACCACUACCUGCCGAUGGAGGGCCUGAGCCGGGACCGGAUCAUGAAGUAUCGGUCGAAGUCCAAGCGCCUGCGGCGGUCGCCCCCGCGCUUGGGCGACUCCUUCCCACAUGCGGGGCUGGUGGCCGACUGGGCGGAAUUGGACCAGGACCGGCUGGAGGACUUCCCCAUCCUGUGGGUGCGCGUGGAUCCGGACCUGCAGCUGCUGUGUCUGAAGGUGCUGGAGCAGCGGCCCUUCCAGUGGCGCAAUCAGCUGCUGAUGGAUUCGGACGCGGUGGCCCAGCUGCAGGCCAUUCGGCACUUGGUGCCGCCGGCCCUGCCGGCCCUGCUGCCGGUGCCGGACGCCGGGGUGCUGGCCCGGGCGCGGGAGCUGUCCCUGCGCGGGGUGGCCGGCUCGGGGGCCGGGCCCGGGGCCGCGUCGGUGCAGGCCAGCCGUGUGGGCACACCGGAGCCUGGCGGCUCGCCGGCUCCCGGGGCCGAGGGCGACCUGCCGGCCGGCGACCCGCUGCCCGGUGGCGGCGGCGGCGGCGGCGGCGGCCGGGACAAGGACUCCGACUCGGCGGCGGCCCAGCUGGUGGCCGACCGCCGGACGGAGCUGGCCCUGCAGCGGGUCCUGGUCGAUGGCCGGGCCUUCCAUCGGGUUCGGGCGGCGGCGGCCGUGAUGCUGGCCCGGCAUGCGCCGGUGCCGCGGCGCCCGCCGCAGUCCAUGCGCGAGCUCAAUGCCCCGGAGGGCCCGAUGGAGGCGGUGCUCUUUUGGCUGCUGGAGGAGCUGUGCUUCUCGCGGGUUGGCGCGGCGGCCGGUGGGCCGGCCGGCUCGGGGGCCCGGCCCGCGGCGGCCCCCGGCGGGUCGGGCAGCCUGGCUGGCGAUCGCGCCGCGGCGCCGGCCCCCACCCCGGGGCUGGGGCUCUUCUCCAGCCCGGCCGGCACGCAGUUGGAGCUGCUCAGCCAUCUGGCCCUGUCGUCGGUGGAAAUGCCAGCGUCCAAGGCCCCUUCCCUGUUGGAAGGCACGGGCGCGGGGUCGGCCGCGGCAGCAGCCGGGCCUUCUCGACUGUGGAUCCCCUCGCCGAAUGACUUUUCCGACUACUCGCGCUACUUCUGCAUCAAGCAGGUGAUCGCUGCGGCCGGCACCCUGCGCGACUCGCGCUACCGGCUGCCCUACCCGGGCGUGGUGCGCCUGCUGCUGUCGCUGCUGCGCCUGCAGGACAACUCCUCCAAUCGGUAUUGCAGCGCCCGCUACACCGCGGCCCUGGUCAGUGCCCUGGCGCGGUCCUUCUCCGAUGUCUACUGCCCGGAGCGGCUGAGCCUGCUGCCCGGGGCGGAGGAGGCCGCGCAGAUGGCCACCGACCGGGCCAACCGGCUGCUGGAUGAGGACCAGCGCGCGGAGUGGCAGCGCCGGCGCGCGCCGGCCCCCCUGGUGGCCGAGCUCCGGGGCCUGUUGCUGGAGGUCGUGUGCGAGAUGACCACCCUGCAGGAGUACCACCUGUCCGGGGCCGGGGCGCGGGUGGUCCCGCUGGCCGGGGGGUCGGCCGAUGCCGGGCACUCGGACCUGGACCUGCCGGGGCUGAUUGCCUCGGCGUGCGUCCUGGCCCUGGGGGAUUUGCAGCGCGCGGGCUUGGUGCCGGGGCGGGCGGCGGCCCUGCUGCGGCUGGCCACCGGGGCCGGUGGCCCGGCUGCCGGUCGGCUGGCCGCGGCCCGGGCCCUGGUCGAUCUGUUUGGCUACCGGCCGGCGGUCAUCACCGGGCUGGUGGAGCUGGCCAUCGGGGACCGGUCGGCGCGGGUGCGGUCCGGGGUGGCCCGGCUGCUGGCCGGCAUGGCCUGGUCGCCGGGGCACCUGGGCGCCACGUACCACCUGGUCCGGACCCUGGGGCUGGAGGAUGGCACCGGGUUUGAGGUGAACCUGCUGACGAGCGCCGCGCUGACCGGGCUGCUGCCGGGCACCACGCGGCAGUUGAAUUCGCCGGCCGCCACGACGGCCUUCCGGCGGGCGUCAUCGGCGGCGGUGGCCCUGGCUGCCGGGGCCAGUCCCACGCCGGCGGCCCUGUGCCCGCCAUUGCAGCCGACCGCCCCGCCGGCGGUGGACCCCCUGUCGGACUAUGUGUUCGAGGUGGCCACCCCGGUGCCGGGCCCGGCCACCAUCGAGUCGCUGGCGCAUCGGUCGUCUCGUCGCGCGGCCGGGGCGGCCACGCGGGCCGAUGUGGCCACGCGGCUGCGCGUGUGCCUGGUGCAGCUGAUCCUGGCUGCCCAUUCGCCGACCGAUGUGAGCCUGAAUUUGGCCCUCUUCAUGCAGGGGCUGCUGCUUUUCGGCCGGCGGGUGGCCGUCGGGGUGCAUUGCCACCCGCGGCUGGUGCUGCCCUCGGCCACCUUCGUCCAUGGGCUGGAUGCGACGGACUGCGCCGGGCGCCCGGGGGCCGGGCCCACGGCCGAGGCCCUGUGGCUGGAGGGCGCCGGGCCCGGCGACGUGGACCAGUGGCUGGGCUGGGGCGAGACCGAUGCGGCGGCCUUUGCGCCGUUCCUGGCCGCGGCCCAGGCGGCCGGCGAUGUGGCCGCCACCGCGGCGGCCAUCGCCCGGGCCUCGCCCAACAAUGCCACAACCGCGCGGCUGGCGGCCGGGGCGGCGGCCGCGGUGGCCGCCUCGGCGGCCGAUGGCACCACCGAGAUCCGCCGGCUCUUCCCGCGGGCCUUCGACCUGCCGGACCUGCCGCAAUUGUUCCUGGUGUUCGGGAGUGAUGCGGCGGUGGCGGCCAGUCGAGCGGCCGCCGCGCUGGCCGCCACGGCCGAGCACCUGCAGCGCGAGCGCGAGCUCAAGGAGCAGGCGAUCCUACUCCAGGCCCAGGCCCAGGCCCAGGCCCAGGCCCAAGCUGCGGCAGCCGCCGCCGCCGCCGCCGCCGCCGCCGCCGCCGCCGCCGCCGCCCAGCAGGAUGCCGGCCCCGGUCCGGUCCUGCCGCGGAUCACCCUCUCCGGGAGCAGUGCCUCAGCCACGCCGAUCCUUGCGCCGGGGGUGUCGGCCAGCGCGGAGGACCUGCCCUCCUCCGGGUCGACUUCUCUGGGCGAGGCUGGCCUGCAGUUGCCGCCCUCGACCCCGGAGCGUCGGGCCUCGCUGGUUCUGACGGCUCCCGGGGCCGGGGCCGAUGGGGCGACCCCCCUGCCGACGCUGACCCUGAGCCGGUCGGCGUCGCAUGCCGGGCUGGCGGACGUGGCCGAGGGGGCGCCCGGGCGCGGGGGGUCCCCCCUGCCCGGGGCCCGGCCCGGCGUUGUCCUCAAGUCGGAGGAUGCCAAGGGGCCGACUUCCGGGGCCGGGCCCCCGGGCGCUGGCAGCACCCUUGCGUCCCCCACCGGGGCCUCGUCCGGGGCCGGAGCCGGUGCGGCCCCCUCCUCCGGGCGGUCGAAGGGCGAAAGCAAGGAGGAGCGCCGGGCCCGGCGUGAGGCCCGGCGCCAGGCUGCCCGUGCGGCGGCCUCGGCCGCCGAGAAGGCCGAUCCGGCGGCCUCUGGCCCGGGGGAGUCGGCCGCCGAGCCGCCGGGCCCGCCGGCCGCCGAGCCGCUGCGCAUCUCGAUCUCCUUCAACUCGGCGUCGGCGGCCGGGCGGUCGAGCGCCUCGUCGGCGGCUUCCUCGCCGCAGCUCGGGGCCCUGGCUGAUGACGGGCCGCCUCCGGGGCCGGAGCCGACGCCGGCCCCCCCGGCCACGGACCAGCCCGCCGGUGGUGACGCCCCGGCGGGGGCCGGCUCGCGGCCGCUGCCGCUGACCCCCCUGCGCCAGGCGACCAGCCAGCCGCAGUCGCAGCCGCAGCCGCAGUCGCAGCCGCAGCCGCAGUCGCAGCCGCAGCCGGAGUCGCAGCCGCAGCCGAAGUCGCAGCCGCAGCCGAAGUCGCAGCCGCAGCCGCAGCCGGAUGAGGCAGGCCGACCGACGUCCACGAGUCCGGCGGCGGCAUCUCCGGCCGGCGCGCGCCCCCUCUCGCUGAAGGUGUCGGUGCCGACCGAGCGCCGGGGGUCGGUGUCGGCCGCCAUGCCGGACCUGACCAUCGACUCGCGGACGGCCGUGGCUUCGGCCGUGGCCGUGGCCAGCAUCGGGUCCGAGAGGGUCCUUUUCGAUGCGUCGGCCGAAACGGCGGCCAGCCUGGCCGAGCGCAUGGGGGCCCUCAUGCGGGCCCUGGCCGAGGAUGCACACUCGCUGGCCUUCCGGGACCCGGUGGCGCCGCAGCUGGCCCCGGAGGACCAUGCCUUCUACAAUUCGGUGGUCCACCGGCCGAUCUGCCUGUCGGAUGUGUCGGCCAACAUCCAGGCCGGGCGGUACUUCGACCGGGCCUACCUGCGCGAGCACUGCCCGGUGGAUGUGCCGGCGGCCGAGCAGUUGGCCGAUUCGCCGGACGCGCUGGUGACCCUGGCCGCGGCCACCUUCGUCUCGGACAUCGAGCUCAUCUUCGCCAAUGCCUUCAGCUACAACCCGCGCUUCAGUGACAUCUACCGACAUGGGCUAUACUUGAUGUCGCUCUUCCGCGCGACGUGGUCCGGGCGCACAAGGCAGGUCCGCCUGCCGGAGCCGCCGGUCCCGGCGCAGCUCCUCCGGUCGGAUCCCCCGCGAGCCGACCGGCCCAUGGACAGCAUCCCCCUGCCGGCGAUUGUCACCCCAACCGAGCACUGGCACGCGGUGCACCGGGCCUCCUCGCUGGCCCUGUUGGACAGCCUCCGUGCCAUCGACACCAACCGGUACUUCCAUGACCCGGUGCAUCCGAGCGCCUUCCGGCGGACGUACUACAAGAUCGUGCGGUUUGGCAUGUCCUUCUCGGACAUCGAGAAGAAGUUCAAGUCCGCCAAUCCCAACAACAAUCCCACCCUCCUGGAGACCGAGCUGCUGGUCCGGCAGAUCCUGGCCAAUGCGCAGUAUGUCAAUCCCCCCUGGAGCGAGAUCUUCCGCUGCAGCCAGGAGAUCGAGGCCUACCUCCGGAGCCACUGGCCGCCGGGGGAGGCCCUGCGCGCGCCGGACCUAGCCCAUCGGGCCGACCACUACAAGAUGCUGGCCUCGGUCGGGGGGGCCACCCUGCCGCCGUCGUACCUGCCGCAGGUGGUGGAGCCGCUGCCGCUGGGGGGACUCGGUGACGGGUCGGCUUCUCCGCCGGCGCCGGGGCCGCCGGCGACACCGGCCGCACGCCGGGCCGGGCGGCCCUCCAAGCGGGCGGCCCUCGACCCGCCGGCCGACGAGGCGGCGCCUCCCGGCGGCGAGCCUGCAAGUGGCGGCCUCCUGGCGUUGGCCGACUCGCCGGGGCCGGGGAGCCCCGCCUCGCCCGGGCGGCGGCGCGGCGCCGGGCGCCCUGCCCGGGGCCCGGUCGGCGCGGCCCCGGGGCCCGGGGCUCCCGGCACCCCGGGCGAGGACAUUUCCAUAGUGACCCCGGAUGCGGUGGGGUCCCGGCGGGCGGUGGCGGCGGCGGCGGCCGCCGCGUCGCUCCCCGUCGAGGAGGCCCUCCUGACGUCGGACUCGGCCGAGACGGUGGAUGCGCUGAUCUCGGUGGACUCGACGCCGGUGCGCAUGGUGAGCCGGAGCAGCGGCGGGGCCGACGCCGGGAAGCGCCGGGCCGGGCGCCCGGUGUCCGGGCCGGGCCCCGGCCUGGAGGCUGCCCCGUUGGCCGGGCUGCCGCAUGGCUCGGGUGCCGCCGCGGCGGCCGGCCUGCCCGCCAGCGGGCCGGUGGUCUCCGGGGCCGCGAUGGUCCCCGCGCCGGAGGACCUGCGCCAGCUGCUGGCCGAGGCGGAUGUGCGCGCCGGCGGGGCCGGGGCCUUGGAUUAUGCCCUCCCUGCCGAGGCCGCCAGGGCCGACCAGCUGCUGGGCGGCCGGCGCCGGGCGCAGCAGCUGGCCCGGGCCGAUCCGAACCUGCUGCUGAUGGUGCCAGCCCGGCUGCCUCUCACCCGAGCCCAGCAGGAGGUGGCCCAGACCGGGGCCCCGAGCGGCCGGGGCUUCCAGCAGUGCGAGCGCAUCCUGUAUGCCAUCCGGCCGCUGGACACCUCCGGGGCCUUCAAGUUCGUGCACUCGGAUGUGGCCUACCAGCAGGCCGUCACGCAAAAGCUCAAAAGCAAGCUGGUGGCCUUCCAUACCAUCCAGCAUGCCCUGGCCCGGGAGGAGUACGCCACCGCGGCGGACUUCGAGGCCGACAUGCGGGCCAUGUUCCGGAAUGCCCGGUACUACAACAGCGCGCACACGGACAACUACAAGACGGCCGUGCGCAUGGAGGCCGCCUUCAAUGCGCUGUGGUUCCACCCGGCGGCCGGGGCCCUGUCGCCGAAGGAGGAGGCGGCCAUCGUGCGGGAUGCCGUGGCCGAGGCCCAGCUGCCGGAGUGCAGCUCGGCCUAUGUCAUCCGGCGGCUGGUGCCGCUGGUGCUGCCGGCCGGGGCGCCGGGGCGCUGGGCCCCGGCCGAGCCGGGGGCCGGCCCCGGUGGCGGGCCGGCCCUGGCGGACCGGGCGCUGGCCCUGGUCCGGCGGUACCUGAAGCAGGCCUCGCACGCGGACUACCGCGACCUGUAUGACGUGCCGGAGUACCAUGCCGUGGUCAAGUGGCCCUCCUACCUGCGCCGCAUUGAGGGGCAUCUGGUGGCGACGACCGGGCGGCCCCGGGGCCGGGGGCCGGGAGCCGGCCCCGGCCGGUCGGCCCAGCAGCAGGCCCUGCCCUACGCCUCGCCGCAUGACUUUGUCGUGGACAUCCUGCUGCUGUGGCUGAAUGCGCGGUUCUUCAACGCCGAGGAGACCUACAUCAGCGAGGUGUCGCUGCAAUUGCAGGCCAGCUUCCUGGACGACUGGCGGGCCCUGCUGGCCGAGGGGGGCUUCCUGCAGUCGGACCCGGGGGCCGGUGCGGCGGCCGCCGCCGCCGCCGCCGCCGACACGGCCGAGGGCUGGCUCGACCCCGGUGAGGGGGCCAGCCCGGGCUCGGCGCCGGUCAGCCGCGCCUCCUCGCCGCAGCCGGCGUCCUCGUCGGCCGGCUCGUCGGCGGCCCAUUCGGCCGGCGGGCGCCUCAGCCGCAUUGACAUGCAUCAAAUGCAGCGCGGUGGCGGCCCUGGGCGCCGGUCACGGCCGAUGUCGAUCUCACCGCCGGCAGCCUCCCUGGCGUCGGGCGGCCCGCGGUCGCCAUCGCCGCCGCCGCCGCCGUCGCCGCCGCCGCCGCCACUGCCCCCGGGCCGGGGCGGGCCGCUGCGCAAGCGCCACCGGUCAGCGUCGCCCGCCUCGCGGUCCCCCUCGCCCGGCGCCUACGGGAGUCGGUCGUACUCGCCGCCGCCGCCGCCGCCGCCGCCCGCCAUGCGACCGCGGGGCCACUCGCCGGAGGGCGGGGCCUACCCGCUCGGCGGGUCCCGCGGCCCGGGCAGCCGUCCCGGAUCGCUGCCCUCCUCGCGGUCCGGGUCCCCCUCCUCCGGGUCCUCCUCGUCCUCGAGCCGGGGCGGGCCGCGAGAUCGGCGCGGCGGGCGGCCACGCGCCGGCGCCGGCGGCGGUGGCGGCGGGCACCGGUCGCGGUCGCCCUCGCCCCCGAGCCGGGCUUCGCUGUCCUCGAGCGGAGGCCCGCCGGGCCGGCGGUCUCGCGGGCCGGACGACUCGUCGCCCCACCAGCCCUUCCCCCCGGGCCCGGGGCCGAGCGAGCAUCACGUCGCGCCGCACAAGAAGCCGCGGCUGCAGCCGGAGCUGGAGCCCCGGCGCUCGGGGCCCGGUCAUCGGGGCCCAUCGCGCUCGCGGUCCCCCUCGCCCCGGCGCCGGCGGUCACGCUCGCCGCGGUCCCCCCGGGCCUCGUCGCGGCCCUGGUCGCUGUCGGAGUCCGGCUCUCGGUCGCGGUCCAGGUCACCUGGCGGCCCUCGCGGCCGGCCGCCGGCGCACCACCGCAGCCGCAAGCAUCGCGAUGUGUCGCGGUCGCGAUCCCGGUCCCGGUCGCGGUCGCGGUCCCGGUCCCGGUCCCGGUCCCGGUCGCGGUCCUGGUCCCGGUCGCGGUCGCGGUCGUGGUCGCCCUCGCGCGGGUCUCGCCGCCGGCCGGCCGGCUCGCGGCUGCCAUCCGACCGGCUCGCGCCGGGGUCCUCCCUGUCGGGCCACCACUUCCACCAUGGCCACCACCGCCGGGCAUCGCCCUCCGGGUCUUCGUCCUCCUCGUCGUCGGGCGGCCCGUCGGUUUCCUCUUCGUCCUCCUCGCUGGCUGGCUCGGGGCUGGGGGGCGGCCCGCGCCGGGGCCGGUACUCGCCGCCGCCGCCGCCGCUGCCCCCGAUGCCGGGCCGGCGCCGGCGGUACUCGCGCUCGCGCUCGCGCUCGCCCUCCCCCCCUCGGGGCAGGGACCGGUCGCGGUCGCGGAGCCCCGGCGAUCUGCCGGGGCACGGCAGCGGCCGCGGGUCGUUCGGCGGCUCGCGCCACGCGUCAUCCGGCGCCGGCGGGUAUGUGGCCAAGCGGCGCUUCGCCUCGGGGUCCUUCUCGCGGUCUCGGUCGCGCUCGCGGUCGUGCUCGCCGCAUGCCCCGCGCCUGCCCUCCAGCAAGCGGCCCUACCAUGGCCACUCGCCGGUUGGGGGGCACUCCCCCUCGUCGGCCGGCGGGGCGGCCGGCUCGCUGUCGGGCCCCUCGCGCCAUGGCGGCCGCGGCCGGUCUCCCGAUCGAGGCCGCUCGAACUGGCGCCGGCGGUCGCGCUCGCGCUGA